CUUUUUUAUCAUCUUUCGUUCUUCAUCCCUUUCUUAUAUACUCCAUUCAUUUCUCUACCUUACAAUUACUAGUUCAAUAUCAACUCGAAAUUUGGAUCUUUUUUUCAAUUUCUUUGUAACACCUCAACACCUCUCUUGGUUGUGUUUGUACCUUUACAAAGGCAACAAAGAUCAUCUCUUUCUCUCAUCCUCUCCAUGUGUGGUUGAUGACAAAUAACCUAUAUUUUCCAAUCAUAUCAUUUACUGUACAGUUUUUCUCUUUGACAGUUUUUUCCCCUCAUAUUCUUUAACCAUGAACCGAGCGCGCCGUGAAUCUCUCAACUGUCUCAAUGCAGACAAAGAGGCACUUGAAUUUUUUGCCUGCCAGGAGCAGACCCGUCCAUCACCGGAAAUCAGCUCACUUGAGAAAUUAGCUGGUGGCAGUGGUCGAUCUGGUAGGCUUCGAUCCAAGUCACUAGCCUUUGGUCUUUCAUGGGCGCAGGCCAUGAAUGGUCGUGCUGUCGAUCCCUCAGAGAUGUUUGGCAUUCUUAAUACGAAUGAGAGCAACCGACAGGGGUCAUGGGCCGCUUCACCAGGAGCAGGAACAGGAUCGGGAUCAGGCAGCGCUGGUAAUAGAAUAAGCGGUGGAAAUGACGAUGGAAGCGACGAUGCAGAUGAUGAAGAGCAGCAUAGAUUACACCACCAUGGAUCGCUGUUGAAUAGUGGCGUGGGAGGCGGAGGAGGCAGCAGUGGUAGCAGUGUUGGUGGACCUGCACUGGUCUUGGAUAACACAGGCAAAAACACCACUAUUGAUAUAAAGGCCGGAAUGAUGGGUCCACCACCGCCCACCCUUGGACUCAGUCCCAUGGAUACGCCCAGACUCCAGACAUGGGAAUCAACGCUGGAGCGUUCGAUUCGUUCGAUUGUGUCGAUUACUGCUAAUCAUGUCAGGAGUUUUGAUACGGAAACAUCUGGCGCCUAUUCCGCUACGGGGUUCCUCGUUGAUGCAAAGCGCGGCAUUAUCCUCACCAACCGCCAUGUGGUUUCACCCGCUCCUAUCCUUGCUCUCGCUAUCCUAUCCAAUUAUGAGGAAGUUGAACUCAAACCGAUCUACCGCGAUCCCGUCCAUGAUUUUGGUUUUAUGCAGUUUGAUAUUACCAAAGUCCGAUUCAUGCAGCUAGAAGAAAUUCCGCUCAGCCCCGAGCGUGCCCGUGUUGGCCUGGAAAUCCGUGUGGUGGGGAAUGAUGCUGGUGAAAAGCUUUCCAUUUUAGCAGGAACUCUGGCUCGUCUGGAUCGACCAGCACCUGAUUAUGGUCAAGGAGAAUACAAUGAUUUCAACACAUUUUAUCUUCAGGCUGCUUCUUCAACCAGUGGUGGGUCCUCAGGAAGUCCUGUCCUUGACAUUGAAGGCCAUGCUGUGGCAUUAAAUGCUGGAGGUGCCAGCAAAGCUUCAGCUUCUUAUUACUUGCCUUUGGACAGAGUCAAGCGUGCACUCAAGUUCAUUCAGGAAGGACAGCAAGUACCUCGUGGUACUUUACAGACAGAUUUUGAGUAUUUCCCAUAUGAUGAGCUGCGGCGCCUGGGUCUCAAGAUUUCAAUGGAAAAACAGAUCCGACAGCACUUCCCUAACGAGACUGGAAUGUUGGUCGUCAAGACCGUGUUACCCAAAGGUCCUGCGGCAGAUCAUCUCAUCCCUGGAGACAUUGUGAUUAAAUGCAAUGAUGAGCCUAUUGCCAACUUUAUUCAACUCUUCUCCGUGAUUGAUGACUCUGUGGGUCAAAAGAUCACACUCACUGUUGUGCGUGGAUCCAACUCUCAGCUGCUGACUUUCACCUUAACAGUUCAGGAUUUGCAUUCGAUCACGCCUGAUCGUUUCGUGGAGGUCGGAGGUGGUGUUGUGAACGAAUUAUCUUAUCAGCUAGCUCAUUCAUAUGGUCAGCCAUGUGGAGGAGUUUACGUGGCGACUUCGGGUCAUAUGUUGGCUUCUGCCAGCGCAUGGCGUAAGAGUGUUAUUGUUGCAGUCAACAACAUCCCAACGCCUAAUCUGGAUGCAUUUAUUCAUGCUAUUUCAACUUUGCCUGAUGGUGCUCGUGUCCCGAUUCGAUUCUAUACUUUGCAAAAGGCCUUCAAAGAGAAGAUCAUGAUUAUGCAUGUGGAUCGUCACUGGCACAAGUGUCGCGUUGCUGUGCGUAAUGACAAGACUGGUCUCUGGGACUUUACGGAUUUGCCUCCUCCCCCGCCAUCUCCACCAUAUGCUCCAGCAACAGCCAUUUAUCCUACUAUUAACCCUGCACUGCAUCCUGCACCAGUCUUGAUGCCAUCCUUUGUCGCCAUUGAUUUCCAUCUUCCCUUCUUGGUCGACGGCAUGAAAGCGACUCAGUUCUAUGGUACUGGUUUGGUUGUUUCUACAAAUCCACCUUUGGUGGUCUGUGACCGUGACACGAUCCCUAUCUCAAUUGGCGAUAUCUUUAUUACAUUUGCCAACAGUGUGAUUAUCCCAGGUCGCCUGGUUUAUUUGCACCCACAUUACAACUUUGUGGUCUUGACCUAUGAUGCAGCGUUGCUGGCAGAUACCCCUGUGCGACCUGCGACAUUCAGUGAUAAGCCUCUGAUGCAGGGUGAUGAAUGCUAUCUAGUCGGAGUUGGCACCGAUCAGUCACCAGUUAUCAAGAAGACUACGGUCUCGAACGUCGGAAACAUUGGUACGCGCGAAUGCUCACCGCCUCGUUGGCGUGCUAUGAACGUCGAGGGUAUCAAGAUUGAUGACCCUAUCGGUACUCAGGGAGGUGUCCUCUGUAACAAUGAGGGUAAAGUCCAGGCUCUAUGGGUGAAUUAUUCGUCUCAAGAUGACAAAGGAAACGAUAUCACAUUCAUGUCUGGCUUGGACAUUGCAAGUGUUAAGACAGUGAUUGAACCUUUUAUGAGAGGCGAAUAUCCAAAGUUGCGAGCUUUGGAUGUUGAGUUCUGGACGAUGCGUAUUGCAGCAGCCCGUUCCCUGGGACUCACAGAUGCAUGGGUUCAGAGAAUUGAGAGCGAUCCGAACUCGAAGCACUCAUUGCUUUAUGUGUUGAGCCUGCUGGACACAAGUACACCCUGCAGCCAGAUGUUGAAGGUUGGAGACAUUGUCCUGGAACUCGGGGGCAAAGUUGCAACUGGUAUGAAGGAUCUGGAGCGCGCUCGAAACGUGGACUCUGUUCAGAUGACUGUGCUCCGUGAAGGCAAGGUGCUCAAUUUAACAGUUCCAACGGUCCCGUUGAUGGGCACAGACACGAAUCGUAUCAUUUCUUGGGCUGGUGCAUUGAUUCAGAUGCCCUAUAAGGCAGUCCUUGAGCAAGUGUCAAACGCUCCCACGGGUGUGUAUGUGUCCUGCACACUUUAUGGUUCUCCAGCGUCGACGGCCCUGCGGCCAGGGGUUUGGAUUACAGAGGUGGAUGGCAUGCCUGUUGCAAAUCUGGAUGAGUUUUUGGAUGCGGUUCAUCAUCAUGAGAAAAAGGUUGUUCGAUCUCGACAGGGUAGUGUCUGUGAAGUUGGGCUCAAGCGUUUGUCAUUAAACCUCAAGAAGAUGACGCAGCAACAUCCUCUAUCUACUCAUUCCGAAGGCACUCAGGGUCAUUCAGCUACAAAUGUCCUUGGCGGUAACGCUCCUGCUCCGCCUUCCGUUACUGGUGUAACUGCUGCCCUCAAUGGUCUUGGCCUCGGUAUUCUGAACUCUGAGUUGGGCUCUUCUAACCCUGAUGGAAUACAUCCAAUGGACCUUGGAGGCUCAUCAGGCAGCUUUGGAGAGGCUCAUUUGUUGGAUGAGGAUGAGGCGGAAGAACCGUCUCCUACAAUGGUACAAGGGGACGAUGCAGCACAAUCUCAGGGUUAUGUGCGUAUCAAGAUCCAGGCGCGCAAUGGCACGGUAUCUGUGAUUGCCAUGAAACUAGAUCCUAUCUAUUGGAGUACCACUCAAUUGUUACCAGAUCCUGACAGUGUCAGUGGUUGGAAGUUGUGCGAUGUCAUCUAAAGGAAAGAAUAGCCCCAUAUUUAUAUAUUUUGUUUUUUGUUUAUAAACUUUUGG